GGAAAUAUAUGAGCUGAAGUUGCUCCAUGCACGAGCAUCUCAAAUUCUAAACCUACUUGGUCGGAGGGCACCUCUUUUGGAUAAGCAACAACCUGAUAUGGUCACAAAUACACUGUACCUUGCGGCAAAAGAAGGGCUUGUUGAUUUUUUGUCUGAAGUGUCAAAAACAAACCCACAAUUAAUCCAAUUCACUUCAAGAUUAGGAAAUUGGAGCACUUUCUUCUGUGCUAUUCAACGUCGUCAAGCUGAGGUUUUCAACCUAAUCCACCAGUAUCGCUUCAAGAAUUUGAUAGCAUCAGUGGUAGAUACCUCUGGACAUUGCAUGCUGCAUAUUGCAGCCAAGCUGGUUCCUUCUAACCAACUUAAUCGCGUUUUUGGUGCAGCUUUGCAGAUGCAAAGAGAAAUGCAAUGGUUCAAGGAAGUUGAAAGGGUAGUACCUCCUGGACUUAGGGUGUCUCAAAAUAGUUGGGGUGAACGACCAGAGGAUAUAUUCAAAAAAACUCACAAAGAUUUAAGGGAUGCAGGAGAAAAAUGGAUGAAAGAUAUAGCAACUUCUUGUUCUGUUGUUGGUGCUUUAAUUGUUACCAUCAUGUUUGCAGCAGCUUUUAUUGUUCCCGGAGGGAAUGAUCAAAACACUGGCUACCCAAUGUUUUUGAAAGACAAGUUAUAUAUACUCUUCGUGAUCUCAGAUACGCUGUUAUUGUUUUCUUCGACAACUUUUGUGCUGACAUUUUUAGGGGUUGUUACCUCACGUUAUGUUGAAGGGGACUUCCUCCUAUCCUUACCACAAAAGCUGAUCAUAGGCCUUUCUACACUGUUUUUGUCCAUUUUAACCAUGAUGGUAGCGUUUUGUUUAUGCAUUAUUCUCAUGCUAAAGCAUACAUACUCAUGGUCUUACCUUUCUGUUAUUAUCAUUGCUAGUGUCCCAAUAACCUUGUUUGUGUUGUUACAAUUCCCUCUUCUUCUUGAUGUGAUUUCUUCUACCUAUGGCCCUGGCAUCUUCAAGAGAAAUGUAAAAUAA